AUGGCGGGGCGGGAACAGUCGGGGCAGGCCCACCUGGUGCUGCUCUACCUCUGCCGCCCCGCUGAGCCCUGGUACAAGAAGGCGGCUGGGCCCCACCGCUACUCGGUGGGCUGAGCCUCGGGUGAGCAGCAGGAGUGGGGUCCUCAGCCUGCCGGGUGCUAUGGCACAAUGUGGCCCAAGCCGUGGAGCUGCCAGGUGUCACAUGGAGCUCCAGGCGCUUUCCAGUGCAGGGCGGAUGUGACCAUGUCCUUGGACACCGUGGAGUGUGCGGAAGCCUGAGCCGGCACUGGUGGCUCUGUGGUGACAGUAAACAUCCUUGGGCUGGC